GGUGCGUGUCCCUUUAAGAAGCGGACUCUUCGGUUUGGCUUGCGUUCGGAAACUUUGACUCGGGAAUGUUCGGAAACUCGUCGCGUUCGUCAAAUAAUUACAAGUUAGCAGGAAUUUCCAAGGCGCUAUUUAAAUGUUUCGCCCUGGCUAAGAAGGCGUCGACGUUUGCCUAGCUAGCUAGCCGAGUGGGCGGCUCGGCUGGUUUGCAUCAGACAGCCAGCGCGUCGUUUUUUCGCUCCUAAUAACGCAACGGACUCUGUUUUGUUGCUUUUCGCGGAGGAGUCGCCAGCGUCCACGGGGAUGAAAAGCGCGGUCGGCUGCACGGAAGCCGCCGGACCUGCCGGUGUCGGCGGAGGUCUAGCAAUUAGUGGGAAGAUGACCGUCGCCGCACUUUCGUCAUUUUUCACCUCCAUUCAUUACCUUCGAUUUUUACCUACGAGUUAACAUGGAGCGAGGACGAGCCUAGCUUGAUUUUUUUUUUUUUUUUUUCCGGAUUUUUUUUUCUAAACGUUUUGGAUUUUUUUCUUGGGGGCAACCAUGUUGACUGGUUCGAAAAGCACAUUCAAAGUCAGACAAAUGGGACCCGACAUCAAGGAGAGGAUGCUGAGCCAGAGCGGGAUGAACGCUCGUUCCGACGUUUUGGGACUGCCGUGUCUUCCGGGCGAGGUGGUGCUGCAGCGGGCCGUCAUGGUGAGAAAGAAGUUGACGGCGAGGGAAGGCAGAGGUUGGCUGUCGGGGACGCUCUUCUGCACGCGCUUCCGAGUGGCCUUCGUACCCCAGGACGCCCCCAAACCCGACGAUAAUGCCGACCCGGUUCUUUUGGGGGACCACGACGUCGCGUUGGCGUCCAUCGAGAAGGUCGUUGUCGUGGGCCCCAACCGGACCAAACUGGUGACCCCCAACUCAUCGCUCAAGUUCACCCCGGAGGAGUUGGUGCUUUACUGCCGCGACCUGCGAGUCAUCUGCUUCCUGUUUGACCGCCUCACCCCCGACGCGCAAGUCCUGGAGAUAACGCACACCAUCGCCAAAACCUACCAGCCCCUCAAACCGGGCUCCGUCUCGGCCUUCCAGAACGCCGCGCUCGGUAGUGUAGAAAUGAAGCAGUUUCUAAGCAACCGUCAGCGAGACGCCCACAUGAACUGGCACGAGUCGGCGGCGGACUGGGAGCGCGAGCUGGAGCGCUGCGGCGCCACCGGCUGGCGAGUCAGCUCGGUCAACGACCGUUUUGAAAUGUCCACCAGUCUUCCAAGGUACAUGGCGGUUCCCCAGAAGGUUCUGGACACCGAGCUGAAGAAAAUCUUCGCCCACUUCAACGACGGCCGCAUCCCCCGCUGGUGCUGGCGACACCCGCGUGGCAGCGACCUCCUCCGCAUGGCUAGCUUCCAGAACAACAUCUACCACGAGAAGGACGACAUCAGGAACUUGGAGAUGAUUUUGUUCGGCUGCCACGGGUCCCUGUGCGUGGUGGUGGAGCUGGGAGACGAACUCCCCUCGCCACCCGACGUCCAGCUGGCGCACGGCCGCUUGAGGGCGCUCUGCCUGGGAGACAUCUCCACAUCUGUGACCGUGCCAGAUGACAAAUGGCUGUCCACGCUGGAAGGAACUCGCUGGUUGGACUACACCAGGUCGUGUCUGAAGAAAGCUUCGGAGGUGGCGUGCCUUCUCCGUGGCGGUCACAUGACUGUGGCGCUGCAAGAGGCCGAGGAUCGAGACAUGAGCUGCGUGGUAUCCAGUCUGGUGCAGGUGAUGUGCGACCCCUACUGCCGCAGCCGCCACGGCUUCCAGAGCCUGCUGCAGAAGGAGUGGGUGACGGCCGGACACCGUUUCUACAGCCGAUCCAACUAUCACCGCGACAACGACAAAGAGGAGGCUCCCAUCUUCCUGCUCUUCCUGGACUGCGUGUGGCAGCUGUGGUCGCAGUAUCCGUCCCGCUUCCAGUUCACCGACGACUUCUUGCUAGCCCUGCACGACAGCGCCCACCUACCGCUCUUCUCCAGUUUUCUGGCCAACUCCCAACGAGAGAGAUGCCGACGCACGCAGAACGUGGGCCAGUGCUACACGCCGGUCAACGGCUGGCGAGAGCCGCACAGCCCGGACGGCGCCGCGGAGCCGCCCGACCCGCCGCUUCCGCCCGUGUGGGAUUGGUCGCUGCAGUACAGCAAACGGCGACAGGCCGGCUUCACGCAGCCCGUCCCGCAGACGCCCGCGCCGCGCCCGCUGCUCAACGGGAACCUCAACGCUGAGACGGACGCCCGCAGGGCCAGCGACGCCACGCCGGGCUCGGUCUUCCUCUUCUCCCGGGGCGUCUUCUCGUGUCCCGCCAACCUGCUGCCUUGGCGCGGCGCGGCGGGCAUUUCGGGCGUUUAUCGCAAGAGCCACCGACGGGCGCCGUCCUCCGAGAGCGUCCCCGGGCUGGAGCGGCUGCUGAGUGUUCGCUCGCUGGCCCGGGCCCCCUCCGACCCCGAUCGGGAUCCCUACCGUCCCUUGCUGCCCCUCCUGAUGGGGCCCUGCUUGGGUUUGUGGAGAGAGUGUUACCACCGGGGGGCGCUGCAUGCUCAGGCCUUCUCGCACCCGCUGAGCGCCGAGCACUCGCACCCGCUGGAGCUGCUGGCCCGGGAGGUGCGCGGCCUCCACCGGCGUCUGACGGCCGAGGGCCGCCCGUCCCGCGGCGCCGACAUCAACCGCAACGCCGGCAACGGCACCUUCCUCUUCUCCGGCCCUCCCCCCAAAGCGCCGGCCUCUCCGGCCGCCGCCGAGGAGACGCCCAAAGAAAACGCCAACAAACACACCUUUCUUUUCGGGCGUGCCGCCGACACCCGUUCCGGCCGCUCCGACUCCAAAACGUCAGAUAGCGACGCCAGUUAACGGACACGGUCAGCAUUUUUAGGGGACGCCACGAUGAAACCUUCCUGACAUUCUUUUUAGCCCGUGAAUGGAAAAUUGUGUCUACAUUCUAAAGGUACUUCCAGGAUUUUUUUUUUUUUUUUUUUUUCCAGACGCAGAUGCCUGAAUUUACAUGGAGCACAAAGGCAUGAAAAGACAUGGUCCCGAGCAAAACGGCCUAUCAGCGCGGCCAUCUUGGUAGGGGUGAACGUCCCAUCAAACUUAAUAUUUUGACAUUCAAAUGAAGUCAUUACUAGCAUAUUUUAUUGAUGUCAAUGAAAGCAUCUGCUAUUUACUCAUUGACUGCUAUUGACGGCGCUAGACGUCCCAUCGAUUUGAAGCGGGAGGGCUGGCAGCGCUGCCACCCGCCCUCUUCAGACGUCUAUUAUCGUUAAACUCAUUUCAAUUGAUAGCAGAGAUGCAUGAAAAGAGCUUUCAUUGUCCCUACCAACUUGGCCUCUCAAUGCGGCCAUGUUGGUAGGGGCAACCUUCCCAUCCAAACAAGGGCGUAGGUUUGCAUAGGGACGGUAGGGACCAACUUUUCAGGAUGCUCAAAUUGUCCCCACCAACUUUUAAGCAACCUUAUUUCCAUUAUACAAUGAGUUCAGCUAUAAAAGUAAUUUAGAUUGUCUUCCCAUGUGUUGUUAGGAUAGAAUUGACCCUACCAUGAUUAAGUGAAUUAAUUUCAUUAUGUUUAGACUUACAUUUACCCCUUUUCACUUGCUAUUUAGUAGUGCCGGUCCAUUUUUUCCCCCCUCUCAAAUGCACGUUUGAUUGGCUGCUGACUAGAACCCCCACAUUCACACAAUCCCGACAGAAAUACAUUUCAAUAUCCUGCCUCCUCUGCCCCGUUUGGAGAGGAGGGUUAUUUAGUUUAGAGAUGUCCCGAUUGAUCGGCAUCCCGAUCGAUCGGGUCCGAUCAUGUCAUUUUCAAAGUAUCCCGAUCGAUCGGGUCCGAUCAUGUCAUUUUCAAAGUAUCGGAAUCGGCAAAAAAAUAUCGGACAUGCCUUUUUUAAUAUAUAUAUAUUUUUUAAUUAAGUCGUUUUCUAAUUGUAUUUAACGUUACAGACAUAAUAUGUUACACUCAUCCAGAGUCUUUAGUGUAGGCUUAAGGUAGGGUUAUCAAAUUUAUCCCGAUAGCGGCGGUAAUUCAUUUUUAAAAAAAUGCAUCACGUUAAAAUAUUGAACGCAGUUAACACAUGCACUGCACGACCCACUCACGCAUUGACGCGAUCAAUCUGUAUUGGUGCCGUUUUACCUAUAUAGAGAGCUAAAAGGCAGCGUAAAAUGAGUAGAGUUAAUUUUGGCAGCAUUUGGAGCCUUGUUUUAAUUGGCUAAAGCCUUACAAUCCCUCUCCCUAUGAUUAGAAAUAUCAUGGGAAGCACUGUGGGGAAGCAAGGUAGCAAUUGAUCUUUUUCUUAACACCUUAUGUUAUUUCCCAACGCAGAGAAGAUAUAUCAAUUGGUAGCACUACGCACAGUCAUGGUUCCACUUCCCAUCAUGCAUUUGGGCAUUGCUACAGUAUCAUUUACUGAAAGUUCAACAAAUACACUAGAUGGCAAUAUUUAGUCACAAUAUACAAAGUCACAUUUAUCCUUUAAGAAUUACAAGUCUUUCUAUCACAGAAAGAAUGUUAAUAAUGUAAAUGCCAUCCUGAGGAUUUAUUGUCAUAAUAAACAAAUACAGUACUUAUGUACUGUAUGUUGAAUGUAUAUAUUCGUCCGAGUUUUAUUCAUUUUUUUUCUUAAUGCACUGCCAAAAUGUAUAUGAUCGGGAAAAAUUAUCGGGAAUGAUUGGAAUUGAAUCGGGAGCAAAAAAAAAGCAAUCGGAUCGGGAAAUAUCGGGAUUGGCCAGAUACUCAAACAAAAAAGAUUGGGAGCAAAAAAACAUGAUUGGAACAACCCUAAUUUAGUUUUUUUUUUUUUUGGGGCCAGUAGCAGCAGCCACUGUAAGUAAUGUAAAAAGAUGUGGGGAACACUCCACUAAGUUUGCUACUGAAUGUCUACCCUGCAUCAGAGUUAGCUUAACAUUAAACUGUGUGAACUUGCUAACCUGUAAAACUCAAGUAGCAAGCUGCUUAAGGAGGUGUAUUCCUAUGUUUUCUACUUUCAACUUCAAUUCAACUGUGCAUUUUGUGCAUUCAUUCAUUAAUUAAAAUGUGUUUAUUUACUUUUAUUUGCAGCCUAUGCACAUUUUAAACCCCCCUCAAAAAAAACUUCAAUAGCACAACCACUCUAAAUUUCCUUUAUAUGACGCAAGCAUUUUGAAAAAUCCCUUUCUCACUAUAAAAAUGAUUUUAACUUUUUUCAUUUUUAUGUAGGAACCAGCAAAUUUUGAGAAAUUUACCCAAUCUGCAGGGCUGGCCCAGGCCAUUUGGGGGCCCUAAGCAAAAUAAUGCAAAGGGGCCCAUAUUUUUGGCCCACCAUUACGUCACAGUGUACUGUGAAACCCAUACAUGUAAUCCAACCAUUACGUCCAUAUUUUGUAUAUUAAUCGAAGUUUGUUCCACUGCAUACUUCAAACUUCUCAUCUCAAAUGAUUGUCAGUACUUACAGUAGAUAGCGCCAAACCUUUUUCUAAAAGAGGAAAGAAAGACGACUUUUAUUUUUUUAAGCUUGUAAUCAAGUAUCAAAACUCACAGAAGUCAAAUAAAGCAAACUGUAGUAAACAAAAUAGAAUAUAAAUUAAACAAUCGCCAGAUUGGGGGCCCCCUUGUGGUCAGGGGCCCUAAGCAGCUGCAUAGUCUGCGUAUAGGCUGGGCCGGCCCUGCCAAUCUGUUUGGUCUUUCUUAUUAAUGUCCCGCCCCCAGCAAAAAGUGGACAUGCAGGUUAUGCUGUUAUAACGUCCCUACCGAUUUUGAGACCAAACCUACGCCCUUGCAUCCAAGUCAAUGCAUUGACAUUAAAUUGAAGUGCUAACCAUCUUAUUUCUUUAUAAGUUUAUCAAUGUCAAAGCAUCUGCUCCCGUUAGGUGCCAUUGACAACGCUAGACGUCCAAUCCAUUUGAAGCAGGAAGGCUGGCAGCGCCACCACCCACCCUGAUUGCUCAAACGUAUUGGAUGUCGACUUUUAUUUAGUUUUUAAUAGGCUGACGAUUGGACGAUUGCACCCUCAAUGGCAGCCAAUGGGUUACAAGAGAAAAAAAACUUGGCUACCUUGUUCUACAUUCUCGCUUUGUGGAAUUUAGAGCAUGAGAGUUAUUUUGGUGUUCCAGUCUUACAUAAGAAGCAGCAGCACAAGCAACCCACACACUAGCCAGCUAGCCUCAUUCCCUUCUUGGAUCAAGUGAAGUAUUAUUGUUUUUAAAGUGUUCGUUUCAAUAUGAUUUCCACCUUUUUGGUUACCGUUUUCUGGCCAGUGUUAUAUGUUUAAAUGGUGAAAGCUCAAAAGGGAAGAAGUUAAGAUAAAAAGGCUUCAAAAUGCUCAUUUAAAUGAGCUUGAAAUGCUGCAAAAUAUCCAUGCGCUUUCCUAGAAUACGCUUGUUUUCAAAAUGGAUGAAUUUCAGCGUUUUAUGUCCUUAAUUUCAUAUUUUAAAGUGGUAAAUUUCCCAUUUCAAUGGGAUGAAUUUUGUUUGUAUGUGGUAAAAUGAUACAUUUAGUUUGAAUGAGAUCAUUUUCAUAUCAUGUCAUAAAAUUCUCAUCAAAUUUCAUCAUCCAGGCUAAAAUGACAAUUUUUUUUAACAUUAGUUUUUUUUUAUUAAUUUUUUUCAUAUCGUAAUAAAUUCCACGUGUCAUGUCCUAAAAUUCAUAUUUUAAUGUCCAAAAUUUUACUCUCUAAUGGAUAAAUUUUAACAUGAUCAAUUUUACAUUAACCUGAUGAAAUGUAUGUUUCAACCUGAGAGAUUUGACAUUUUGCUCUGACCAUUUGAUGGUUCAGUGUUCAUGUUCAUGUUUAAUUUCACCGUUGCAACAUGAUAAAUUUCAACGCUUCAACCUGAUGAAUUUCAAGGUACGUGGUAAAUUUCACAUUUCAACAUGAAAUAUUUUGUUCCGAAUUUCCAAACUGAUCAAUUUCAACCUUUCAAAGUGGUAACUUCGAUGGUUCAGCCUGAUUAAUUUUGUUUCAAUGUGAUAACAUCCAAGUUUCAACCUGAUAGAUUUACAUGCUUCAAACUGAUCAUUUCAACGUUGGAGGAUAAAUUUUACAUUUCAACAUGAUACGUUUUGUUCCGAAUUCCCAACGUGAUAAAUUUCAAACUUUCACUGAGAUAACUUUUACGUUUCAGCCUGAUCAAUUUUGUUUCACCGUGAUAACUUCCACGUUUCAACCUAAUACGGUAAAUUUAAAGUUACAGUGGGGCAAAUAAGUAUUUAGUCAACCACUAAUUGUGCAAGUUCUCCCACUUGAAAAUUUUAGAGAGGGAGGCCUGUAAUUGUCAACAUGGGUAAACCUCAACCAUGAGAGACAGUAUGUGGGGAAAAAAAACAGAAAAU